AUGGCAAAAAGUAUGCGUAGUAAAAGAAAAAGGAAGAUGAGGGCUAUCAAAAGAAACAAGCUUGACGUCAAACUGACCGAAAAAAUGAAAAUUAAAUCAAACAUGAUUAAAGAUCAGGAAGUGGCCAGUCUAGUAAACUUAACCACUACUCUGGACGAGAAUAAUGGACAAUGCAAGGAUAAUAAUGAAACAGCAGUUACAGUAGUUAAUGUAGAAAUGGAUGACACUACAAAGUGCAAGAAAGUGUAUAACAAGAAAACAUUAAGAGACGAACAUGGGCAGUACCCAGUUUGGAUGAAUAAAAGAAAAAUUGUAAAAAACAAGCUCAAGAAUAAAAAGAUUAAAAGAAUCAAAAGAUUAAAAAGCUAA